AUGAUAACGAGAUGCUCUUAUUAUGCGAAACUUGUCAACGAUUUAGUCACCCGUACAAUUGCUGGAACAUUUGUCGAGGGUGGUGCCAUUGCAUAUAAUUGCGUUAAGAUUUGGAACUCAUUUUCGCAUAAAGUGUGCAAAGAAUGUCUCGAUACGCAUGAUGAUAAGGCCAUGAUUUACACUGAUAACGUUGAUGACUUAUCACGUUCUUCACAUUCUUCAGAUCGUAUUUCUUAA